CCCCUCCUCGUGCCAGCACCGGGACCCCGCUCAGGCCAGUCGUGGAAAGCGCUGAGCGCCAGCGACAAGCGUCCCUUCGUGGAAGAGGCAGAGCGGCUGCGAAUCCAGCAUCUCCAGGAUCACCCCAACUACAAGUACCGCCCAAGGAGAAAGAAGCAAGCCAAGAAAAUCAAGAGGAUGGAACCCAAUAUCCUCCUGCAUAACCUUUCCCAGCCUUGCAGUGACAACUUCAGCAUGAGUCACCAUGGCGGCAGCCAGCCGGGCCACCCCCAGCCUCCCCCACUUAACCACUUCAGAGAACUCCACUCCAUGGGGUCGGAUAUUGAAAACUAUGGCUGGCCACCUCCUGAGAUGUCUCCCUUGGAUGUCUUGGAACAGACCGAGCCGGCGUUUUUCCCUCCGCACAUGCAGGAUGACUGCAACAUGAUGCCCUUUCGCGGCUACCACCACCAUCACCAGAUGGAGUUUCCCCAGGAGAAGUGCAUGGGGCGGGACGUGGCCGUGCCCUACGCGCAGACCCCGUCGCACUUGGCCGACGCCAUGAGGACUCCCCAUCCCUCCAGCAUAUACUACAACCAGAUGUGCUCGGGAACUCAGAACGGGCUUUCGGCCCACCUGGGCCAGCUCUCCCCCCCACCCGAAGCCCACCACAUGGAGAGCGUGGAUCACUUGAACCAAACCGAGCUGUGGACGGACGUUGACCGCAACGAGUUUGACCAAUAUUUGAACAUGAGCAGGACUCGUCCCGAAGCCUCGGGACUCCCUUACCAUGUCUCCCUGUCCAAAGUGACUCCUAGAAGCAUCUCCUGCGAGGAGAGCAGCUUGAUAUCCGCCUUGUCCGACGCCAGCAGCGCCGUUUACUACAGCCCCUCCCAGUUUGGGAAAGGAAACGUGAGAACAUCUCAGUGCUCCUUGCGGGACAGGAAAGGCACCGUUUCCUCCGCGGCCAUGCCCGGAGCGGCCGGCCGGGCGGCAGAGGAGCACAGGGUGGUGGUGGAUGCUCUCCCCCCUCGGCACGGCUGCCUGCAGGGAGUUGGGGCCAAUAUCGUAAAUAUUAAAGGUUUUGUGGAAGAGAAAGAAAUUAAGCCAGCAAGGAGUCCUUAA